CGUGAGCGCGCCGUCCGCGCACACCAUGGACGCGCGCCCUCCCCACGAGCCCGACGAGGGCAUCGCCGCCGACACCCGCGCCUCCACCGACGACCACGACUCCGACUCCGCCUCCGACGCCGGCUCCGGCAACGGCAAGGACUCCGGCUGCGAGGUGGCGCCCGACGCGGCCGAGCCGCCCUACGCGCCGCCCGACGACGAGCUCGCCGCCCGCAUCGUGGCCCAGGUCGAGUUCUACUUCUCCGACGCCAACAUCACCAAGGACGCCUUCCUGCUGAAACACGUCCGCCGCAACAAGGAGGGCUACGUCUCCCUCAAGCUCAUCUCCAGCUUCAAGCGCGUCAAGCACCUCACCAAGGACUGGCGCGUCGUAGCUGAGGCGCUCAAGCGGUCCACCAAGUUAGAAAUCAACGAGCCUGGCACCAAGCUGCGCCGCACGGAGCCGCUGCCGCCUUACGACGAGACCACCCCGUCCCGGACGGUCGUGGCCGUGCGGAUGCCCAUCGACCGGCCCACCGUCGAGAACGUGUCCCGACUCUUCGCGAGCUGCGGAGAGAUCGCGUUAGUCCGCGUGCUGCGACCCGGCAACCCGGUCCCGGCCGAUGUGCGACAAUUCCUGAACAAGAACCCGAGUUUAGUUAACUGUGUGUGUGCGUUAGUCGAGUUUACGGAAUCAGAAUCCGCCAGAGAAGCUCUCCGUCUGCAGAGCGUGGAGGAGGAAGGGAUGCGAGUGUACGAGCUCAACGGAGUGCCAAGAGAGCCGAAGAGGAAGGCGCCGAUCCGGCGCGCGGCGCCGCGGAGGCACGAGUGCGAGUACUCGUCGUGCUGCAGCGGCUCGGAGCCGGAGUACGACUUCAGGUACGGCGCGCCGUUCUACCGGCGCAGCUCGAGCGGGUUCUUCGCGCCGCGCUCGCCCGAGAUCCAGACGUGGGUGCCGCGGCGCGCGAGCACGUGCAGCCACUCGUCGGACUCGGGCGUGUCGCUGUACUGCGGCUCGCGGCGCGCGUCGGCGGCCAGCAGCGGCAGCGGCGACGGCUGGCUGGCGCGGCGGCUGUCGGGCUGCUCGCUGGGCGGCGGCGAGUGCGCGCGGCGGCUGUCGUGUGCACCGCGCCUGGAGCCCCGCGCGCCGCUGGUGCCGGACGGCACGCGCGGGUUCCACGCCGCCGCGCGCCAGCGCCGCAUCUCGGACCUCGCGCUGUACUCGCGCUAGAAAGCGCUCGCCAACCGUGACACCUUUCUAAUCACGUUGGAUAACUGCCUUUCACGUUGCGCCCGCGUUUUCGAUCUAUUUCGUACGAGGAAGCGACUGAAUUAUGUGAUCGCGUGUGUUCCGCUAGCCGAUUUAGUUUUAAGUAUGCGAUCGAGUGCGGGGAGGCCGGCCGGUUGUUCUCCGGUCACCUCCGGCCGGCUCUCUCCGGAGAAUGUGAUUGUGAGCUCACUUAGCGUGUAAGCCGUAAGCUGUGUUAGUUGUAAUCUUUCUAAAUGUAAUUUAUUAGAUUUAUUUAUUGUUUAUUUAUUGAGCGCGCGCGCGCCGUGGUCGAGUUUUCAUCGAGAUAUGUCAGAGUUGUCGGCACAAAUUGUAAACUAUGCAAAAUCGACAUGUGCAGAUCGUAGGCUCAGCGCGGACGGAGCGCCUCUUGCGCAACUCGGUAAGAGGCGCUGUCGCUCCGCAGAAAUAAACUGAAUGGCCACGGUGCGUUACGGCGGAACUAACAUUUCAACAUGUUGUACUAAGUAAGUCAUAAGUUAACUCGAGUCAGGCGCGCCAUGUCAUUUUUCCAUUUAAGUUAAUGUUAUAUUUAAGUGUUGUGAUGUAUAUAUGUACAGUGUGAACGCGGAUGAGCAAAUUCAAGCGGAUUUUGUAUUUAUUUUUCAUUGAGGAGUGUUCUGCUAGAUUUUCAGCACAAUCUUAGUCUCCUCUGUUUGCCGAAAGAGAGAUAUAUUGUAAAUUUUUAAAUAUAAGUUUUUUGACAA